CCUUUUUCUUUUAUAAGAACUCUCCCUCUUCACCUCUUUGUCUGUGUUUUUACAUCCUCUUUCGUGUGUUUUUAGGGUUCCUCAAUUUCGUACAGUCAUUUUAUAUUUUGUUUUCUUUCUUGCGUUUUCCCCUUUGGAUCUGGAUCUGCGAUUUUUUUUUUAUUAAAAAAGGGUUUCAAAUGGAUACUCGUAAAAGAGGAAGGCGUGAAGCUGGGUUCAACGUUAAUGGUGGCAUAAAGAAAUCUAAGCCAGAAUUGGAAUCUUUACCUGGUGUAGGAAGCAAAUCGAAGCCAUGCACCAAGUUUUUCAGCACUGUUGGUUGUCAAUUUGGUGAGAGCUGCCAUUUUCUGCACUAUGUUCCUGGAGGUUACAAUGCAGUGGCUCAGAUGAUGAACCUUGCACCAGCUGCUCCACCGGCUUCAAGAAACAUCUCAGCAACGACUGCCAUCCCACAGGGAUCUGCCUCUGCAGUCAAAACUCGCUUGUGCAACAAAUUUACUAGUCCCGAAGGUUGCAAGUUUGAUGACAAAUGUCAUUUUGCACAUGGAGAAUGGGAACUUGGCAUGCCUAUUGCUCCAUCACAUGAUGAUCCCCGUGUCAUGGUACCUAUUUCUGGUCGUAUGGGCAGUCGGAUGGAGCCACAGCCCCCAUCCGGUCUUGCUGCUACCUUCGGGGCUUCAGCAACUGCAAAAAUUAGUGUGGAUGUUUCCCUAGCAGGAGCUAUCAUAGGGAAGGGUGGUGUGCACACCAAGCAGAUAUGCCGUCAAACUGGAGCAAAACUUUCUAUCCGGGAGCAUGAGUCAGACCCUAGCCUUAGGAACAUCGAGCUCGAAGGAUCAUUCGAACAAAUAAAAGAGGCCAGUGCGAUGGUUAGAGAAUUAAUCAGCAGCCUAGGUCUGGUGCCAGAUCCUGCCAUAACACCUGGUGUGCAGAAGAGUGGUCAAGGACAUCCAGGAAGCAACUACAAAACUAAGUUGUGCGACAAUUUCGCAAAAGGAAGUUGCACUUUCGGAGAAAGAUGUCACUUUGCACACGGUGCAGCCGAGUUGCGGAAGUCAUUAGUGUGAGGUCUUACUAGUGCAUUCCAAGUAGUUGAUAAGCAGUCUUUUUAUCAGUUAGAGCCUUGAUUAAUAUGCUAGCUGUGCAAUACUAUCUAGUUGCAGUUA